GAUGUAACAACAGAAUGGAACAAGUAAAACUUACUUUUGUUGUAUUAUCUAUCUUCUUUUAUCUCACUCAAGCCGCUAGAGUACAAGAAGACAUCCCUGAUGAGAAGUGGAGCUAUGUUAACGUGCGAGAGAAUGCCCACAUGUUUUGGUGGCUUUAUGGGGCGCAAACCAGCCCUUCCGAGAGAGCUAGUUUACCUCUAAUUUUGUGGCUGCAAGGAGGACCUGGAGGGUCGUCUACCGGCUUUGGAAACUUUGGAGAACUUGGACCUUUAGAUGUGAAUUUACGGCCAAGAAAUACAACUUGGACACAAGUCGCAAACGUACUUUUCGUUGAUAAUCCUGUCGGAGCGGGCUUCAGCUAUGUCACCAACAAUAAUGCCUACACAAAAGAUGUAACAGAAAUUGCUGAGGACUUACUGACAAUGCUGCAGUCAUUUAUGAAAGAAAUGCCGGUGUUUCAAAACAUCCCAUUUUUCAUAUUCUGUGAGUCGUAUGGAGGUAAAAUGACUGCCGCGUUUGGUGUCAGGCUUUACAAAGCCAUCUCCUCAGGAGAAAUUCGCUGCAACUUCAAGGCAGUUGCACUUGGGGAUUCUUGGAUUUCACCAGUUGACUCAGUCUUGACAUGGGGCCCUUAUCUUUACUCCGUUUCACUGUUAGACGAAAAUAGUUUGGCAAAAGUGAAUGCUGUUGC